UCAUCAAACCCUAAUCCUAGAUGAAGAAACCCUCGAUUAGAUCUUCCACACGUUUGGCUGCUCGUAUCUCUGUUUGCUCUGCAAUGGCAUUCGUAUUGUUUUGGAGAUGCAUAGUUUGUUCAGGGAAAUAUUCCUCAUGUUUUCCUCUAGAAAUCAAAUUUCAUCCUCCAUCAUUCACAUUCGCGCCAUGCUCACCACUUUCUUCUUCAUCAUCAUCUUGUUUCACAUCCUCCCUCAAUAUCAUUUCAAAUCUCUUAACAAAAGAAUGUGGUUUUUCUUCUUCUCAGGUGACAGCUGUCAUGAGAAGAGCACCGCUGCUGUUGAGGAACAAAUCUGACCACACCGCUAGAGAAGUCAUUCAUCUUCUAAGAGAUUCUGGGUUCACUGAAAACAAGCUUACGACUACCAUUCUUAGAUACCCACUUAUCCUUACACUGAGAGUGGAUAGACAGUUGAGGCCCAAGAUGGAAUUUCUGAAAAAAAUGGGCUUGUCUACUCAAGACACAGCAAAUAUUAUAUUUAAGAGACCCAGAUUGCUUAGCUUGAGUUUGGAAAGCUGUCUUGUCCCUAGAAUCUUCCAUAUUGAAACUCUAUUUGGCUCAAAGGACAAUCUGUGCAAGGUUUUGAGAAUAGUGCCUCAGCUUUUGGUGAGUGAUUUCGAGAAGCAGGUGAAACCUAAAGUGGAGUUCGUGAAGAAUAGUAUAGGCAUUCCGGAAGGUUCAACAGCAUUUGCGCGAGCCCUCGGUGCGGUUAUAGGCCUUAGAUUUGAAACCCUGGAAGCGAAAAUUAAAAAUUUGGCGAGUCUUGGUCUGGCAGAGGAGGAAAUCGGUCAAAUUCUUAAGAAAGAUCCUCUAGCAUUUCGUUAUUCAACCAAGAAAAUGAAAGAAAACAUCGAUUUUUUGACACACACUGCAGGUCUUGAGUCCAAGAUUGUUGCUUGGAAUCCUAAGAUUUUGAGUUUGAGCCUAGAGAAAAGGCUCAAACCCCGGUUUGAAGUCUUUCAAUAUCUGAGGACAUAUUCCCACGUCAAAUAUCUACCUAAUCUGGUUAGCUUUUUUAAAUUAAGUGAGCAAGAAUUCCUUAAAUAUUCUGGCCAAGUCAAGUCCAAUGAUCAUACUGUCUCCUAAAGCAAGCAUUUUGGAGUAGUGAUGGGAGUUUCAGAAUAAAACUAUUCCAGGUUCUUCUUUCUUCAAAGGUUGGACUGGUGUUAAAAGGGCUGUGGAACUCAUCUAGACCAAGGUAGUGUCUUAAAGAUCCUGAUUAAAAAAGGCAGUAGACAAAAGAGGAGAAUACAAGGAACUCCGUUGGAAGAGAAAGCAGCACCAGGAAGACAAGAGACAGGAUUUGAAAGCAUGGGAAUUUGUUGAAAACAGGGGAGCUCAAUCUCCUCUUUCUUAUUGAUUUUUUGAGAACUAAAGGACUGAAUUUUGUAUUCCUUCAGUCUAAGGAUCUCUAGAGUAGUGUUAAUCAAACCUGCCCUAUGUCAUCUCUUCCUUUGAGUAUAUGUAAGUAAUCUGCUCUUGUUAUAAGGGUUCGGUAUAGUAUUUGUGAAUGUGCAUCAUGUUUAAAGCACUUAUCUUAAUUAAAUUCCCAGGAAAAGCUAAUAUGUUCUUCUUGUAUGGAUAA